GCUGUUUAGCUGAUCGCUAAAAAGGGUUAUCUUAUUUAGGGGACAUGGUAUUUUGGCUGAUCUCGACUCCGAAGGACGAGACUCAUCAGCAGCAAUGGAGCAGGCUGGCAGAGAACACAAAACCAAUGGCUAACGUGAUGAAAUUCAACCUACCUAACUUGAAGGUUGGUACUCUAGAUGCUUUGAUGUCCCUGUCAGAUGAUCUGGCUAAGUUGGACCAGUUCACAGAGUUGAUAAUGGUAAAAGUUUACAACUACAUGGCAAAUGCGCUGGAGGAGAACGACCUACAGAAACUUCCUGAGUACACCAAGGCUAACAACAAGGACCUCCGAAGCUACUGUAAUUCGUUUGUUUGGGAUGUUGCAAAGUUCCCAACCAAAGUCUCCAUCAAAGACAUCCAUGACAUCAUAGCUAAGAACAUGACAAAGAUUGAAAAGGAUUUUAAAACGAAAUCGACUACUUACAAUAAUCUGAGAAGCAAUCUAGCUCAGCACGAGAAGAAAGAAACAGGUAGUCUGGUCACCAGAAACUUGGGACCCAUUGUUAAUGAGGAGGAUUUCGUGACAUCAUCGGAGUAUCUAGUAACAGUCUGUGUGGUUGUUCCCAAACAAGGAUACAAGGAAUGGGAGGGUAGUUACUGGAAGUUAGCAGACUUUGUCGUGCCUGAAUCCUCCAAACGUAUCCUUGAAGAGGGAGACCAGGCUCUCUACACUGUCACCAUGUUCAGGAAGACGCUAGACGCUUUCAAGAACAAUGCUAGGGAGAAAAAGUUUGUUGUCAGAGAUUUCCAGUACAGCAAAGAUAAGAUAAAUCAGCAGCAAAACGAAAUUACCAACUUACAGAAAGCUAAAAUAAAAGCUUAUGUUCCGCUGAUAAGAUGGCUGAAAGGGAACUUCUCCGAAGCUUUUGUUAACUGGAUUCACGUCAAAGCUUUGAGACUGUUCACUGAGUCGGUUCUCAGAUACGGUCUCCCUGCAACGUUCAUGACAGCCGUGCUUGAACCAAACAAAAAGUCAGAAAAGAAGCUACGAGAGAAAUUGCACGUUUUGUACAGUAAUCUGGACAAAAGUGCUGCUGAGGGACCGGAGAUGGGCGAUAUUCCUGGUGUGUUCAUGGCUGGAGAUUACUAUCCGUACGUUUAUUUCGACAUCAACACUGCGUUCGUCGAAGCAGCUCGAGAAUUUUGAUAACGUGGAAAGAUUAUUCCCUCGGGAGGAUUAACGACUUAAGGGAAUGACCUAACACAAGACUGUAGAAUGUGUAGAUACAUAGUUCAUAGCUUGCUUCGAGUUUGGAUAUAGUUUUACACGGAUUUUAAAUUCGCUAAUGUCGAAUUUCUAAUGACUUAUGACUGCUUCUCUCUCGAAUUACGACAUUGUCUUAGAUUUGUCAUCUUAUUGAGUAAUAGAUUUGCUGGUCAGAUUGAUUAACAUAAACUUAAUCUGAUAUGAAUUCACGGAUUCGAGUUGAGUGACGAUUUUAAAUUGAUUGACUAUACUAAUAUAGCUGAGAUUGUAGACUAUAUUAAUAGUCUACAUUUGAUUUUGUAACUUUAAUUGUAAAAUCUGCGCAGGCGCAGUUUGAUUCUUUUGAAAAUCUGGAUAUUACUUUUUUAUG